ACAUUCCACCAAUGAGAAGAUCUGAUUUGAGACGGGAGGGAGAGGUGCGCCCUUCAGUGUAUUCAACAGCGAUGGAAGUUUUUUAUUUUUAAAGUUCCGUAUAAACAUAACCGGUUCGGUUUAAUCGCGUUCGUUCUUUUUUACUUUGUCUCGUGUUUUUGACCAUGAUUUGGUUCGGUAGAGUUGCCAAACUUCACUACGGAGUUCUCCGCUGCUCGCUCUCCUCUGCCUCUGGAAAAAGUUCCAGCGCGAUUCAAGUUCCCUACUUGUCCAGACAGUGGUGUAGAUAUGGGGCACCAAGACCAGGUCACUACUACAGCACCCUACCACCUGCCACAGGUAACUCAGAUAUAUCUAUACAGUAUAAGUAUGGACGACCAGUGUUGUCUCUCCCCCUGCCCUCCCGCAGUGAGUUGUGUCAGUUCAGUCUGCGUCCCAUGUUGAUGACAGUAACAGACUUCCUGUCAGACAUACAGAGAGAGGACCCUGGAGUAGCUAUCGCAGCUGUACUGAACACAGAUGGAGAGAGAGUUUGCUCUAGCACCUCUAUAGACACAGUUCUCAAUCAGGACUUCCAGAUCCUCAUCAACAGCACCAUCUACAGGAUACACUCCCGGGCAGAGGUACCGAACUCUGUGUGUGUGUAUGAGUCUCCAGAACAUUCCACCAGUAUAGAUGACAUGAAGACAGUAGUCCACAUGCUCCAGUCAGCUCUCAACCUGCCAGAACACCAACUACUGAGACAGAUUCAGCUUCUCCGCAGACUGGAUACACUGAAGCAGGAGCUGGGACCUCUGGAGGAGGUACUGUGCGGGCCCACAACACACAAACACACACAAACACGGGGAUUACAGACACACACAAACACAAGGAUUACAGACACACACACACACACAGGGAUUAAUCUGUGCCCCGCCGUCCCAUCCAGGUUUGUGUUUGCCUGGGACGUGAUGGAACCAGUCACCUACUUCAUCACCUACGCUACCAGCAUGGGCUUCCUGGGUUACUACAUACUCACUAAACAGGAGUUGCUCUAUCCGGAUGCUAAGGACCGUCAGUUUCUUCACUUCUUCCACAAGAGAGCAGCAAUGGAACACUUUGACACACACAGAUACAACGCACUACGAGACCAACUGGCUAUGGUGGAGAGUGAUCUGAAACGCCUGAGGAAACCUAUUCAACUACAGCUACCAGUGGACCCCAUUCAGCCCAGCAACUAAACACCACACACUACACACACACUACACACUACAAAAGGAGUAAUAUUGUAGCACCUUAAUUUGUUCCGCGUAACACCAGCUCUACAUUACAUCUCACAUGGACUCAGAGAAAUAUGUCAUACGCCUGGGUUCAAAGAAUAUAAUUUCAGAGAUUUACUAUAUGAAAUAAAUUCAUCAUUUUUAUCUGUG